UUAUCAACAUCACUUCCCUUCUUUCUCCCUUGCUCGCCUCCAGCUUUGAGACACGGAUAUUGCGUGGUUGAAAGAUCACUUUCUAUUUGCAUUUCACCUCUUCAAUCGCUUUUAGUUGUCAUAUCCUGGGGGCUCCGACGCCCCCCCCGCACUGCGAACGACGUGUGGCCCUUGAGCUCCAUCAACUCUGCUGAAAACGCAAGGGAGGCUCAUUGAGGCUGAAGACACGACCAUCGCCUCAUUUGCUAUCAUUUAGAUUAUCUUUUAGAGCUACCCUUCGUGAAGAUGAGGACAGACGAGCAGGGCCCGUUCAACCGGCGACACUCUUCCACUCUACACUACCAAACCUUCGACACCCCACCGCCAAAAUCUCGCGGAAGACCGAACUCUGGACAGUCUGGAUCGUCUGGCGGAGACUCGCAUCACCAGCAGAAUGAUAAUGGCUCCGAGCGCGGGUCUGGGUCACCACUCCCGAAGCGCCAGAUGGCCAUCCUAGCCUUCAUCUCCCUCUGCGAACAAACGGCCUUCAACUCGAUUAGUCCCUACUUACCCGAGAUGGUGUCGUCAUUCCCUGAAGCUGAAGCUCGACCGAAUACCGUGGGCAUGUAUGUUGGAGCGCUGGCUACCGCGUUUGCAAUCGCGCAGCUUGUGACCAACUAUUUUUGGGGCUGGUUAUCGGAUCGUGUGGGCCGGAAACCGAUCAUCCUCCUGGGCACCAUUCUUACGGCAAUAUGCUUCUGUGCGUUUGGAUUCUGCAAGACACUAUAUCAGGCUAUCGCGGUGCAGGCGUUAAUGGGUGCGGUAAACGGCAAUCAGGGUCUCGUAUCGACCUGCCUCGGUGAGAUCACCGACCGCAGCAACCAAUCCAAAGCGUUCGCCUAUCUCCCCGUCUUGUACGGCAUCGGAGGCGUCACCGGCCCCAUCCUUGGCGGGCUGCUGAUCUUCCCCAAGAACCCGUUCGACAAGAGUCAGCCCAACCCAUACCCAUACGCCGCCCCUAACCUCAUUGCGGCGGCAAUCCUCGUUGUCGACUUUGUCGCUUCGAUUUUCUUCCUCGACGAGAGUCUUGACGAUGCGGAUGCCCUUCCCCACUUUGGUCGGCGUGUUCGGGCCCUGUUUGCCUGGCUCUGGCAAUGGACCAGCUCCGCCAAACGCGCGGGAUGGAUGAAACCACCGCACCAUGCUUCAUACCGCCAUCUCCGGACACAGUCCACUGACAGUCAGGAUCACGACAGUGAAUUGGACUCGGCCUCGGAGGUCUCCGACUCUCCCCGUCCACACCCAGAAUCGUUGAUGCAGAGUCAGAUCUGGAACCGGGACACGAUCUUGCUCCUUUUGACGUACCUCGUCUUUGCCCUGUGCAACGUCUCCUUCAACUCACUCUUCCCCAUCUUUUCGCAAGCCAGGCCCCCAUUGGGCCGUGCUCUCACCCCCUCGGAGAUCGGUCUUGCCCAGGGAUUUACAGGACUCGUUACUAUCAUCUUCCAGAUCUGCAUCUUUGGGAAGUUGCGCGACAAGAUGGGCAACCGAUGGUCUUACCGUGCCGGGCUGCUGGGGUUCGUGGUGUCAUUCCUCCUUAUGCCCUUCAUCGGGUAUAAGGGCAACGACACAGAUAAGGGCGGUGUCACUGGCAAGACCGCUCUGAUGGCCAUUGAAUUAUGUUCUGUCUUGCUGAUCAAGACUGUCGCCUCGGUAGGCGGUUUGACCAGCGCACUCUUACUGAUCACAAACUCCGCCCCGGACCACACGGUCCUCGGCUCUUUGAAUGGCCUCGCGCAAACCCUCUCCGCCGCCGGCCGCGCCGUGGGACCCCUCAUCUCCGGCAGUCUGUUCAGUUUGGCCUCCCGCCUCCCCACCAAAGGCGAAGCCAUGCCCUUCGGCGUUUUCUCCGCCGUCUCCUUUGUCGGAUUCAUCCUCAGCUUCGGUAUCCGCGCCCGUUCUCUCGAAGCGGAGGACUGGGAAAGCGAUGACGACGAUGAUGACGACGAUGAAGAGGAAGACGACGCCGGCGACGACGACACCACCACCACCACCACCAACAACAACAACAACAACAACGAACGAAGAUCCUACAAACCCGGCAACGAUGAUGAAGAAGCUCGUCCCGGUCGUUAGAAUUGUCGAAGAUAUCUAGAUAGAUUCCCUUUAAUUGUUAUUUUGACUACCGAAUGUAAAACGCAAGACGGGAGAACCUUCUCUUCGAUUGCACGGCACAAGAAGCAAAAAGACAACAACAACAGACAGAAAAGAAAAAAAGCAAGACAUCUACAUACCUAUUCCUCCAAGCGGGAUUAACGACUGAGACAUGACGACAUUCCUUUUCUUCCGUUUGGUUGAUUGAUCUUGUAUCGUUCGGUUCUUUUGCCAUUGUUUCGAUAGAGGAAAGCCAGCGCCUGCCUAUCCGAAGCUGCUACUGAGUUUACUUUACUAUUCUGCGAGUUUGUUAGGUUUUUUCAACAAAAGAGCGUGUGGGUUUUGUGCAUAGCUGGAG